AUGCCCCGUGAGCGAGCAGUCUCAGAAGUUAAGGAGCCUCACUCGAUCUCCCUUAAAGUGCUCCGGCUCUCCCGACCCUCUCUAGCAGAGCAACAUCCACUCCCUGUCGACACAGCCUCUGGAGCUCUAGAACUUGAGGCCUUGUCUAAGCAAUCUCAAGCUUAUCCUUCCCAUUCACUCUCGAACCCCUUUAUACUCAGUCCAUUGCUUACCCUUCCACCAGCUUUUGGGAAUGCCUAUAUCGGCGAAAAUUUUAGUUGCUGCCUCUCAGCCAAUAAUGAGAAGCCCAAUACUACCACGAAUGUUCGCAUAAGCGCUGAAAUGCAGACACCCUCACAGACAUUGAAUCUAGAGCUUGGCGGCGACGAGCGGCAAAGUGUGGACCUAGAGGUUGGGCGCACUACUCAAAAGAUUGUCCGCUACGAUCUGAAAGAAGAGGGGAACCACGUUUUAGCAGUCACGGUGACAUACACAGAGGCACCUAAGAAGCUCGAUGACGAUGAAACAAUGCCCGGUCGAACUCGAACAUUCCGGAAACUCUAUCAGUUUGUUGCGCAACAAUGCUUAACUAUUCGAACCAAAACAGGGCCUCUCCCUGGUGGAAGAGCAAUUUUGGAAGCUCAAUUAGAAAACAUGGGCGAUGGCCCAAUAUCAUUGGAGAUGGUGAAUUUAGGUACAAAGAGGGGGUGGAAAUCCAUUUCUCUCAAUUGGCCAGGAUCUACAGGAGUGGGUUUUUCAGGGCAAGAUCCCAGGGAUACGCCUCUUCUUCGAUCCCGAGAUGUGAUGCAGGUGGCCUUUUUAGUGCAGCCUGAUGGCACAGUAGAAAAAAAGGACGAUGAUCCAGGCACAGAGAAAGUUGUGUUGGGGCAAUUGAGCAUUGAGUGGAGGUCUGCGUGUGGAGAUCGAGGUGUUCUUUCCACAGGUCGAUUGGGGUUGCAAGUGUAG